AUGACGGAUUAUAAUGCAGAUGAUGCUAGAAAACUAGCUGACGAAUUUAAACGUGAAGGUUACUUUGAUCAGUUAAAAAGAGAUAUUUUAACGCAAAAGCAUGAUAAUGAUGAGUUACCGUUGGAACAAUCAAUUAGGAAUAAUGUAGCAAGUGUUGUAAGGAAGAUGGUCACAGAUGAUGAGAAUCUAAUAUUCAAGAACAGAGGAUCCACCAGUGCACUAAUAGAAGCUCAGUUGUUUAAACAAGGUUAUAAAAGAUUGGGAGAAGGCGAAGACGGUAUACAGUUAGAAGAAUACUUGAAUAAAGUGUUGAACGAUUCUGAACUUACACAGGGCAUUAAAGAUAAAUUAAACGGUUUGAGGCCUACCGAUGGUGGCAAUGAGUCUAUUCAAAACGAUGGAUCUGCAUAG